GGUAGUCGUUGUGGAAUCUUUAACUUAGACUUCGCACAUGACAUUGCAGUGAUAUUGAGGUUGAUCAAGAUGGAUGCCAUUGGGAACACAUGUAGGUCGGAAACGGAGACAAACCAAAAGAAAAUUGAAAUAUCCUUUUCUCUACCAAAUAAAGUUGGUCAGCUUGCCAAAGCACUUGAAAUAAUGAAGAGCCAUCAAGUGAACCUUUACCAUAUUAACUCUAAACUCAACAGGGAGAAUAGUGAAGAAUUUGAUUUCUUUGUGAUUUGUGACAAUAGCGGACGUCUGAAAGAGGCAUUGGGUGGUCUCAAACAAUUUUCUACGAACUUCGAGAUCAUAUCAGUCCCAUGGUUCCCCAAACACAUAAGUGAUCUAGACAAAAUCGUUCCAUAUACUUUCACCUGUGAGAAAGAACUGGAGGCAGAUCAUCCGGGAUUCACGGAUGCUGAGUACAAAAAAAGAAGGAAAGAAGUGGCUGCCAUGUCACGCAGUUACAAGUAUGGCCAAUAUAUCCCAAGGGUGGAAUACACAGAAGAAGAAAUCAACACGUGGCGAAACGUUUACACUGGACUGAUCGAUUUAUAUCCUAAAAAUGCCUGUAAACAAUUCAACUGCAACUUAAAACUGCUGCAAAAACAACGUUGCUACACAGCAGACAACAUUCCACAACUAGAAGACGUUUCAAAAUUUUUACAAAAACGCACUGGAUUCAGACUGAGACCUGCGCCAGGGUUAAUUUCUCCUCGUGACUUCCUAGCAGCACUGGCUUUCCGCACGUCAUAUACUACGCAAUAUAUACGUCAUAGAUCCAAACCAGAGUACACACCCGAACCCGAUAUUUGUCACGAGUUAUUGGGUCACGUGCCUCUAUUUGCGGACGAAGAGUUUUCUCAGUUUGCCCAAGAUAUAGGAUUAGCAAGCCUUGGAGCUCCAUCUGAAUAUAUCAGAAAACUAGCAAUGUGUUAUUGGUUCACUGUUGAAUUUGGGCUGUGGAAAGAGGAAAAUGAUGAACUUAAAGCAUACGGAGCCGGGUUGUUGUCUUCAGCUCAAGAAUUGAGGCAUUGCCUAACAGACUCGGCAGAAAAGAAAACCUUUGAUCCUUCCGAGGCAUGUAAAGAAAAAAUUGAGCCCUCAAAAAUCCAGCCUUAUUAUUUUGUGGAAGAUAGUUUUGACAUCGUAAAGGAGAAAAUGAGAGCGUAUGCCAAAACCAAUCCCCGUCCUUUCGAUGUAUGUUAUGACAAAUCAACCCAGAGUGUAAAGGUGAUCUAUCAGUAAUCUAAGGUGCUUUGCCACAAUAAGGAAAGUAAAGACUUUUUUUUUUUUAAAUAGAGGAGAUAAUGAUGGAUGACAACAAUAUAUAAAUAUUUGGGUGUUUUGUUUUUGUUUCUGUUUGUUUGUUGUUGUUUUGUUUUCGUCUUUUUUGUUAAAAUACAUUUUUGGAUAUUA